AUGGAGCGUCGCGGCUAUUUGCUGAACGACUCUACGGGGCGGAAGGAGUACUUCGUUUUGAGGAAGGGGGUUUUGAGAAGUUACCGGAAUGACCAGGGGGAGCUCCUGAAGCAAAUCCACCUUGCACACAGCGGGGAGGUAAAUCUGCUGCACGAUGGGGUACUGGUAUCACAGGAAAAAAGUGUUACAGUUACACAUUUGUUGGGGUUUCUGCAUCACAAAGUUGCUCGACAUGGCAAAGAAAACCUGUGAUGCGCAGACUGUAAGGAAAAACACGUAUGAAAUGAGGGUGGCAAGCAUUUCCUGCAUGACAGAGGUUGACUGUCUUGCUUUUCUCCCAUCAGAGUGUGUAACUGUAACACUUUUUUCUCACGAUAGCUGGAGAUCAAGGCGCAUGCGCCGUACACGUGGGAAUACACCCUGGUAGCGAACACGGAGGAAGAUGCGGAGCACUGGUAGGAAUAUCGGAUAGAUUUGUAAUGCGAAGCCAUGCAUUUAUUCUAUGUUUUGUCAUGCGCGGUUUGCAUAUACAAACACAUGAAAACCUAAAUCAGGUACGACCUCUUCCAGUCCUGUAUCAUCGAGAGCCAGAAAAACAUCCAGAACAUGAUCGAGCUUCUGCGCAACGGGGCGCAAUUAUGAACUGCAAAAGUAUCGUACUAGUAGUAAUUGCAAUACAAAUUAGCUCAGCAUAACAAAUGGAAUUUGUCAUGCUAUUUUGCCUUGGGAUAAAGAUUUGCAAUGCAUGAUUGCGAUUACUACGAGUACGAUACUUUUGCACAGGAUAACAAUUGGUGAAAUACAACUACUCAAAUUACAAGCGAACCCGACGGCUUUUCUGGAUUUCCGAUGCGGGAGAUGAACUACGCUGGGGGAAAACCAAAUCCGUCACCGAAUACAGCAAGGUCGACUUGCGGGACUGCAUAUGAGAGUGCACAAAUCCCCCUUCUACCCCUCAUUGUCAUUUGUAAUGCAAAAUACUAAAUCCACAACCUGCCUCGAGGCACUGUUUGCAUGCCAAAUCUUGGAGCUACUACCUCACGACACUGCAGAAGUACUAAAAUCUACUGCGCGCAGGUACAGGUUUGUAGUCUUGCGGAACUCGCCACAUAUCUGCCGUUGCUUUUGUUGCUGUUAGGGCCCUAGUACAAAAAAGGGGCGGGAGGGGCACGAGUUGUGCGCUUUCAUAUUGUAUCGGAAUAAUCUACGGCCCGGUGACCACCACUUUUCUUCGGUGCAACGCGGGAUCAGCAUCCGCUGGCGGAACUUCCAGUUCCUCCUCCUCGCGCGACGAGUCCUGCAGCUGUUUCUCAUUGCUGUUUAUGGGCAGAACCCUGGACCUCGCCACGUACGGUGGCAUGAUUGACAUCUGGUUUCUGGGUUUGCAGUACUUGAUUUCCCGUUAUGGAACGGGCGGGCAGUCCAUGCCAACUUUGUCGGAUUCGCAGUUUUUGGUGAAGAAAGCCCAGUACAAAAUCGCCGACAAGGCGCACCACGCAUUCGCGCUCACCUACGGCCGGCACUUUUUGCAGACCGUGAACGACAUGGGAGCGAAGUAUCAGAAAUCUGCGGAGGAGUUUUGGCGGACUAAACCGAGUAGCACCGCGGGUUUCCGACCCCUGCCGAGAAGCCCCGACAGGCCGAACAAGCUAGCCGCGCCCAAGCAAUUACCGGGGAUUAAGAGUGCGGACCAACUGUCACGAGGCCCUGGUACUAUGUUACUGUGAAGAUUUCAUUUGCACAUGCACCACUCGAUCCUGUUUUGCUUCUAUGCAUCACAGAGUUGUUUUUCUUCGCUAUGUUGCAAAUCAGCACGAAAGUAGACAAAAACGAAACUUGCCUCAGGCGCCGGCUCCCUUCCGUCUCCGUCUCCCAAUCGCGCAUCUUCAACAGCUGCGUCAGCGGCAGACAGCCAGCGGAAUCUUUCCCAACUGGAACUGGAGGUGAAACGACUGGAGAAUGAAAACGACAGGCUGAAGAAGAUGGACCAAACCUCUGGCACCGAUGGAAACGAUAUCACAUGCAAAAAUGUCUGGGUCUGGAAACCUGUAAUGCUAAAAUGUGACUGGUUGGCGCGCUGCAAUACGCAGCCAAGCAUGACAAAUUUUUGAGCUGCUCUUGUGUUUCGUGUUCCGCAUGGCAAACUACGUUUCUGCAUGACAGACCACAGGCCCUUUUCCUGCUCCUGCAUCACAGAUUUAUGAGUCAUGCCAGACAAGCAUGAGAAACUUGCACUCUUCCAGACCCAGACACUUUUGCAAUUCAUAAACGAACGGGUUAAGUUUCUCUCCGAGCGCUGCAGUGACUUGGAACUAUUAGAGUGAAAAGUGCCCCCCACCCCCAAAGUUGCAAAAAUUUGUGAUGCGAAGUUUCCAAAUGAAACCUUUUUGUCAUGCAUGAAAGGAAUAUGAAUCUUUCUGAUGCAGAUUCUAGUGUUGUUUCGCAUCGCUUGCAUGACAAGCACCGCUCUUGCUGGGAUCUUUUGCAAUACAAAUGUUUGCUAUUCACGAUUGGAAACCUGUGAUGCUGAUACAUGCAAGAGGGCGAAUGUUUCAUUUGGAAAGGUUUGCAAUACAAAUGCUUUCCAGUUCGGGGGUGGGGGCAUUUUUCAUUCUGAUAGGAACAGCAGGUGAUUCAGAUGCAGGACAAGUUAAAACAGCAGGACUACAAUAUCAAGCAGUUCGAGCAAAACGAGCAGAAUCUGAAAACCAAAGCGGAGAAACUCCAAACCGAAUUGUCCGAAUUCGAGCAAAAGGAUAGUAAAUCAAAGAGAACGAACGAGAAGCAGGAGGAGCAGAUGAGUAAGCUGAAAGAUGAAAUCCAGAAGAAAGCGACGCAGAUUGAGACCAUGAAGAAAAAGCUCGACGGGUAUGAGGGCGGGGAGAACAGUUUGGAUAAAAAACUCGACACGUUGAAGAAGCAGAAUUCGCAACUCUCGAAAGAAAUCGAGGAAACGACCGUCACAAAUCGGCAACUAUCCGAAGAGAAUAAGAAGUUGAAGGAGCAAAAUCAGAUUUUCAAGUCCAAGAUCGAGAAGGAAUCCUCUUCCAAACAAGUCGCGACGGUGAAACUGAACCAGAAGCUAAACGACUUGAAGAUUCAGUUCACCGAGUUCAAAUCCGCGGUUUCGGUGGAGUUAAGGCAGUUCCAGGAUAGCUAUUUAGUCACGUUGAUUCGUUCCUGCAAGCAGAUGGGGAACCAGAUUGCGAGCAUGCAAGAUUCCUUCAAGAAUAUCCAGGCGGAAAGAAGGAGGCUGCACAAUUUGGUGUUGGAACUGAAAGGGAAUAUCCGGGUAUAGAGUAUUUCUUUGCGACGUAUAGGAUUUGUCAUGCAAAAACGGAUACGGAUUACCCAGUGCAUUGCUAAUAUUGCAUCAGAAGAGGAUGUUGUCUUGCAGCUUGUGCGUGCUGUCACACGAACACAAUGCCUUUGAUGCAAUACAAAUUUCGUCAAACGGCAAAUAGGUGUUCGCCCGUGUUCGCCCUCUGAACGACAACGAGCAGGAUUCCGAGCCGCGGUCCUAUGCAUUGCAAAUAUUUCUGGGUCUGGAUCUGUGAUGCGAAAUUUGAAGGGCAUACAAGGUCUACAAUGCAUUAGUACGGCUGUUAAAUCAAAUUCAAAUCCAUUUUUUUUGUCGUGCUGAAGCCAGUUUGUAAUGCCAAAUACGAAUGAUGAAUCCGCAAGAAGAUGAAGUAGCUGAGGAAAACAACUUCUCAUGUUGUUAUGCCGUACAAGCGGCCAAUUUGUAAUGCAGGUAUCAGCAACACACACUUGAACUUCCAGACGCAGAAAUGUUUGCUUUUGAUAGCUCCGGCGCCAAAACGACCGAGUUUUCGGAGGAGUCAAAAAUCGCGAUCUACAACGACUUAAGCGCUGCAAAAGUAACGUAAACGUACUAGUAAAAAUAGCAUCACAAAUUCCCUCAGUAUUGGAAAUGAAAUUUGCAAUGCUGUUUUAACCUUAGGAACAAGAUUUGUCAUGCAUGUUUGCAGUUAGUACGAGUGCGAUGCUUUUGCAAUUCAUACGCCUACGACGCCCGGAAACGCUGGUUCGAAUUCGACAAGGUGUUCCGCCCGAAUUCCAUCCAAGAGGAGGUCUUCACGGAAGCAUAGCCUGAGCAAAAACCUUCCCACCCCAGAGUUAAGAUGGAAAAUUUGCUAGACAAAAACAGCCAGUUUUGGUUGUUGCGCAUGACAAGUCUGGCCUCGUAGUGUAGUGAUGUUUUGCUUGUUCAGCAGCAUCACAGAGCUAGCCUAUUAUGCUGAUUGGAGCAUUACAAAUUCCAAAUCGCGACUAGACAACGCUUGUCAUGACGCUCCGCAUGAGAAACAUUUUGAGCAUGCAGAUUUGCAUGACGAAGACGACUAUGGGGUGGGGACGUUUUUGCAUAGGAUAACGCGCAGGCGUUAGCAACCUCGGUUCUGGACGGCUACAACGUGUGCAUCUUCGCUUACGGACAGACCGGGUCGGGGAAGACGUUUACCAUGCGGGUAUGCAUUGCAAAGAAAAGCAUCGUACUAGUAGAAAUCGCAUUACAAAUUCGGUCAGCAUGAAAAGUGGAAUUUGUCAUGCUGUUUUACCUUGGCCUUGGGAUGGAAAUUUGUAAAUGCAUCAUUGCGAUUACUACGAGUGCGAUACUUUUGCACUUCAUAGCGGGGGCCGAGCGAUAAUCCGGGUUUGUACAUCCGAGUCUUGACGGAACUCUUUAAAGUCGUGGGGGAGAAAAAGAUGAGCAACAGAAUCUCACUGAAAAUGUAUCAAAAGGAAAAAUCCCCCCUCCCCAUAUCGAAAAGGAAAUUUAUGAUGCUGGAUUUGCGUACACAAAUCUGAUUUGUCUUGCAGUACAGGAAUGCACGCAGAUCGUGAGCCUAGGCGGGGGCGGCCUUUUGGUGUAGGCGCCUAGCAUGGUAGACGGCUACCCUGUAAGCCUCACAGCAUUACAAAUCACGCGCAUAACGUGGCGGACAGCCUGAGUGUGCCUUCUUGCAAGACAGACCCGAUUUGUGGUCGCAAAUCUGCGUCACAAAUUUUCACAAGGAUGCGCUUUCAAUAUGGGGAGGGGGGAUUUUUCGUUACGAUAAAAUGAUGAUCACGGAGAUCUACAACGAAUCUCUGCGCGACUUGCUGGUCAGCGGAACAAAUGGCGGCGCAGGGGGGAAAAAAGUGGACGUGAAGCUGCAGCAGGAUGGAUGUAAGAAAAUUUAUUUGCACGACAGGUUACUACAUUUCGGUAGUUUUGUUUAAAUUCACUUUUGCAUGAGAAGUUUUUCGAUUGAUUCCGCACUUUGAUUGCAAUUAAUAAACCUUUGAUCACGACACAGCGAUCCAGCUUACCAACGUGGAGGAGUACAGUAUCAAAAAUAUGAACGACGUCACGCGCCUCAUGAACGACGCCGACAAAAACCGGGCGGUUGGAACAACCGACAUGAACGAGUACUCUUCUCGGUCGCACCAGUAUCACAGGAUGAAAAUGUUACAGUUACACCUUGUUGUGUUGCAGAACACGCAAGAGAAACAACCUCUGCCAUGCGCAAAAUGCUUAUGAGCCUCGUUUUUUCAUGUGCGUUUUAUUGCCAUAUGAUCUACUCUGCAUAUACAAGUUUUCUCUGUCAUGCAAGGCAAGUUUGUGAUGCUGAAUUCUCUACAAGUCGCCUGUAGCCGUAUGCACUUUUUUCCUUGGAUAACCGAAUCGUUACCAUCAAAGCCGACAACGAGUCCCUGGAAACCGGGUCGCAGUACUUCGGCAAAAUAUGCUUUGCAAAAGCAUCCUACACCUACUAGUAUUAAUUGCAGUCAUGCAUUUACAAAUCUCUUUCCUAAGCUGAAUCCGCAUGAUAGAAAUUCCAUUUCUCAUCAUGCUGAGCAAAUUUGUAAUCCAAUGACUGCUAACACGGUACGCUUUGCAAUGCAUACAAAAUCCACCUGAUCGAUUUGGCCGGGAGUGAGAACGUUGGGAAAUCCGGCGCCACCGGCCAGACGCUGAAGGAGGCGCUAUGCAUUGCAAAUACGUCUCGGUCUGGAAGGAUACAACUUGUGAUGCUUCAUUUGGAUUCUACAAAAAUCUGUAUUGCAUGAACAGCAAAGCAAUCCAGUUUUUGCCUUGGCGCGAGGGCAUUUCUCAUCCGGUGUAGCCAUCAGGAAGCCCUCACAAAAUCUGUGAUGCUAGGGCAUGCAUCACAGACAUCAGGAGUCAUGCAAAAUGUGCACGACAAACUUUUCAUCCUUCCACACUCGGACAUAUUUGGUUUUGAUAGGCCCAGAACAUCAACAAGUCGCUUUCCGCACUGGGGGACGUGAUUUCUGUAUGCCCUGCAAAAGUAUCGUACUGGUACUCGUAUUGCAACUAUCUUGCAUUACAAAUCUUCUCCUUAAGGUAAAUCCGCAUUACAAAUUUCAUUUCUCAAGCAGCUGAGGAUGAAAUUUGUAUAUGCAUUUAUACGAGUGCGAUACUUUUGCAGUGCAUAUUCUUCGCUGCAAAACAAGUCCGGGCACGUUAUGGCGUUCUCAAAUGUUACAUUCUCAACUGUUACAUGAAUUUGUAAUGCAAGAACAGCAAAAGCCAAAGGGGGACAAUAAAUGAAAAUGCACCUCUAGCAUUACAAAUUCCGCACAGAUUUACAUGCUGUGCAGACCUCCGGGAAUUUGUCAUGCGAAGUCGCUUCACCCUGUGGAUGUUGAUGUUGAUUUUGCAUGACAAAUCGUGUAAACACUUGAGAAUGUAACGUUUGAGAACACCAUACACGUCCCGUACCGGAACAGCAAGCUGACGAUGAUGCUGAAGGACAGCCUGGGGGGCGACGCAAAGAUGUUGAUGAUCGUGCAAUGCAGUCCGGCCCAGACCAACGUAACCGAAACGCUAUCUACCUUGUUAUGGCGUUCUCAAGUGUUACACGCUCAGCUGUUACAUGAUUUGCCAUGCGAAACUACAAUCCAAAUCGACGCGAUCAAGCUGCUUUGCAUGGCAAAUUCUCGAAGAGCCAAAGAGGAUGGGAAUCUGUGCCAAAUCUGUCAUGCAAGACGCGCAAGGUCACCGCUUUCACUUUUUCCAUUCUUGCAUCACAAAUCCGUGUAA